AUGUUUGCCGAACGCCUAGCCCACAGACUGGGAGGUACACACGAAUGGAAUCAUAAAUAUGUUGAUGAAUGCAAAAUAACCUACGAAGGGUAUAUCCAAACAAAGCAUCCCCUCGACCGUGAAGCCAAAGCUGCCUACAACUUGACUGUUCUAGCUACGGACUCACCUCGGGAAACCAGUCGGCGACUCACGGCCACGGCACAAGUGGUUGUCAUUGUGCAGGACAUCAACGACAACCAGCCAGUCUUUGUUUACCCUCCAGCUCCGAUUGCAGGAGGCAACCUAACCAAUCAGGUAUGA